AUGUGGGAUCAGCUGCCGGAGCUGAUACUGACGCAGAUAUUCAGUCACCUCGGUCGUGGGGACCGUGCCAGCGUUGCACAAGUUUGCCAGUCAUGGAACCGUGCACUCUCGUCGCCGAUUCUUUGGCGUUCUGUGACAGUCCUCAUCGAUCGUGAUCUGCGGGGUGACUUCCCAUUGGUGGGAGAAUUAGCCGCGAAAUAUGGACAACAUAUGCGUACCCUGGAACUCGCCUGGUCACGACCAUACAUUUUGCCAAGAGAGGCGCGAAUCACUCGUAACAUUCAAGCCGAAGCCGGGGCCGAUUUCCUUACGGUUGUGCGAGCCAAGAAUGUUCAAUUAAAGAAACUGAUACUCACCGACUGGAUCUUCAGUUGCAAAUGGGGGAACAGAGGCAAACUCCUCUAUGCCCUCACAAACUUUUUAGGAUGUCAGCACAACUUGGAAACGUUGAGUUUGCUGAAUGCGAAUCUCGGCGUGAGCGACGUGCUGAGGCUUCUUGCAAGCGCAUCCAGAGGUUGUAGCGAACAUUUGGGAUACUUAGAUCUGCGGGGCGCAUUCCGUGAAUGGCAAGCUCCUCACAGCAAUUCCAGAUAUUUGCGGCUGCUCAGUCGGUUUCGCGCGUUAACCAUUCUCAGGCUGGAUUAUCCAGCUUUGUCGGAUCAGACUCUAAACUCCUUGGCGAACGCGGCACCAAAACUGCUGAAAACUCUGCACAUAUCCGUACGGGAUUCCGAUUCCAGGCAGCACACGAUCGCGGACACCGCUUGGCACAAUUUGGUCGUUGUUUGCCCCGACCUAACAGUCUCUUACACUAUAGUUAAUAUCUCCCAUUACGAAGAUAUGUGCUAUUUGCUGUUGCCCAGCGUACCCUUGGCUAGAUUUCAAAUGUUCAGCGGACACGUGUGGGAUCAGAGCAGAUCUCGUAACUUCAGGAGCACCGUUGGACUGCUUAUUACCCAUUACACCAACACGUUAGCGGAAGUGAUGUUACAACUGAGAAAUAAUCGGGAAAUGCUUGAUGAUCUACUGAUCUGUAUGGUGGUUCGUUGCAAACAGUUGACAAGAUUGCAAUACGACGGUAUAAUAAGAAGUCUCGAUACCUUGCGGGAUAUCUGUCAGCUUCAAGCUGAAAGCAAAACUCGUUUUCGCACAAUUCACGUGAAACCACGCAACGUUAACGCACGGAACCGAGCCAUCCUGAAUGACAUCAAUUACCAUUACGAUCACAAGAUGGCGGAUCAAGAAGUAGAUUUCCGUAUUGAGGAUCCAGCUUCGGUUUUAGUGUUCUACUAA